UUCAGUGGACCAUAGUCGAACAAAAAGAGAGAGACAAAUAUUUGUUAAUAAUUUAUUAAUAAUUCAUAAUUUGGUCACAUUGAAAAUGAAAAUCGCAUUCGUCGCACUGUGUUUUGUGGCAGUCGCUGCAGCUAUUCCAACACAUCGCAGCCCACGGGAUGUCUCCGGAAUUGUAGCAGAGCCUCAGCAUGUAUAUCUACCACCAGCAGCUGAGACUGUGGAGCCACAAAACAUCUAUUUACCACCCGCAGAGCAAGUGAUAGCAGAAGCGGAGCCGUCUGUGGAAGAACAAGAGCCGGAAGCUGAAAAGGAAGCGCCCGCCUCCGAGCCAGCUGCUGUCGAACAAGCUGAUGUUAAUGAACCCGUCGACAAAGCCGUGCCCGAGACCGCCGUUUUUGGUGAGAAUGGUUACGAAUACCGCACAGUGCGCAAGCUACGCCUACGCCAAAGACGUGAUGUUUCCCAUUUAAAUCUGAGUUACUUGCCACCAGUAGCCAGCCCAAAGCUAUCGAACAGUUAUUUGCCACCACAUUUGGAUGUGCCUGAAGAGCUUCCACAAUUCAAAAUUUCGAACGAGUAUUUGCCACCACUGAGCGAAGAACUGCCAGUUGAAGAAACAGCAACAGAGGUCGCUGAAACUGAAGCAACAGCAACCGAAGCACCAGCAACCGAAGCACCAGCAACCGAAGCACCAGCAACCGAAGCAACAGCCACUGAAGCACCAGCCACUGAAGCACCAAGUACAACCCAAGCUCCAAGUACAACCGAAGACGUACCUGUAGAGUCUGCUGUCUUCGCUGAAGAUGGUUACCACUAUAGAAAGCCAGCUGUAUUGCCUGAUUUGGGGUUUGCGCCCUUGGUAAAGGUUGCCGAACCAGAUGCAGCGCCGGAGUCUGCACCAGUUGCUGAAGUACAACCAGAACCCGUGCAAGAGCCUGAGCAAGCGCAAGAACCUGAAAGCGAGGUGGUGCAAGAACCAGAAAUAGUUCAGGAACCCGAACAAACAAUUGUUGCGGAGCCCGAGCGCGCCUACUUGCCGCCACUUGAGGCAGGUGUUGUUGAAGCUGAGGGCCCAGAAGAUGAGACAGCUGCACUACUUGAUGAUGGCUAUCACUAUCGUGUCGUUAAGCGCGUCAGAUUGUUUUAAAAGUGCAGUAGUUAAUUUAGUUUUAAGAUUUUGUAGCAAUUUUAUUAUUAUCAU